AUGGUGUUCUCUUGGCAGGACCCCGUGGCGCAUGAGAGUCCCUCGGAGGACUUUGCGGAGCUCUCCUUCCUGGACCUCAUUGACGGGGAGCUGGCCCGCUCUUCCUUCCUGGACUUCCUUGCCAAACAGGAGGAGUGCCCUCCAGUGUGCCCGGAGAGCGCCCCACGCUGCAUUCGCGUUCCGCUGGCCUCGCGCGAUCGGACUCGGACCGUGUCGGUGGACGUGUGCCACGUCCCCUUGCCGAGGCUCUACGGCGCCGAGUCGAUGCACCACCUCCUCUCCCUGACCGAGGACGUCGACGCGAGGGUCCGCGAGGCAGAACAACCCAAUCCUGGAUUUCUUCCCAGUGAACUUCUGGCUGCCAGGCGGCCGCCCUCAGUGGCCUCUGCGGCCAGCAACGAGACCGAGGCUCAGGUAGAGUUCUACGAUGAGUUGGCGGAGAUGACCCUGCUGCUCAACGCGAACACGGAGCUCCUGGACAUAGAGGAGGCGCAUCUGCGCUUCACUCGCCAGAGCGACAGUCCGAAGGUGCGGAUGGGAAUGCCCUCGCUGAAGGUGCACAUCUAG